AUGGCUAUUCUGACAACGAGCUUAACGCUGGAGGAAAUUGUAAAAUGGUCUCCAUUGCGCUUCGCCGAAGAGACUGGUGCCUGGGCUUGGGUGGAGAGACUACUGCAGGCGGGUGUUCCAAGUCGAGACUUGUCGACGACAAAGAAGAGACUGCAGAACCCAGAAAAUGCGAAGGAUAUUAUGCGGCGGGCUUGCGAGGAAGGUCUGGUGUCGGUACUGCAGUUCGCGCUGUCCGUGGACCGCUCACUGGCGGGCCGGCCGCUGGACGACCAGCAGACGACGCCGCUACACGUGGCGGCGCGCCACCGCCGCGAGACAGCGCUGCGCUGCCUGCUGGCUGCCGGCGCCGACGUAGACGUAGUCGACACCUCCGGCCGAGCACCCCUGCACGAAGCCGUCCUCACCGACAGCGCUCACGCCACACGCAUGCUGCUCGACGCGGGAGCUAGCGCUACCGUGAAGGACGGCAAGGGCAUGUCGCCCAAGCGGCUGGCCGAGGCUCACGUCUGCAUUUCGGCGCUCAGAGUGGUGUCCGAGUUCGUCCAGGACGAGCCCUGGGAGCGGAUCGCGCAGUUCAUCAUGGCCACGGAGACCGGCUGCGUGGAGCGCACGCGGCGGUCGCUGGUCGCGGUCAGCCGCAGCGACGGCCCGGCCUUCCUACAGUGGUCGGUGCUACACUGGGUGGCCAUGACGGGCUCGGGCACGGCCAUCCGGACGCUGGUGGCGAGCGGCUCGGACGCGGACGCGCGCGGCGCCACUGGCGAGACGCCGCUGCACGGCGCCGCCGCCUGGGGUUCGGAGGCCGCCGUCGCGGCGCUGCUCGAGUGCGGCGCCAGCGUGGACGCGCGCGACCGCAGCGGGUCGGCUCCGCUGCACUACGCGGCGCGCACGGGCAACCUGGCGGCGCUGCGCGCGCUGCUGGCGGCGGGGGCCGACCGCGACGCGCGCGACGGCGACGGCAACACGGCGCUGCACCACGCCGCCGCCGCGGGCGCCGCGGACACCGUGGCCGCGCUGCUCGCCGCCGGCGCCUCCGGCCGCCUUCGCAACCGCGACGGGCACACCGCGUACGAUAUGGCGCGCGCGCGCGGCUUCCGGAACGUACUCGGGCUGCUAUACGACAAGGCGGGCCGACCACCGACUGCGGCCACGACCGCCACAAAACACCUGCCGGGGUGA